UACAGAAGGUUGUUAACUCAGAAAAUUGUGUGUUAAAAAAAAGACAAAUUGUGUGAUACGAUUUAUAUUCAUUUUCCUCACCGAUGACAUUGUCAAAACUAAUUCUUCUCUGGAUCUGCACCGUAUCAAUGGCUAAAUGUUCCGUCGCACGUUUCAUUCAUGCAAAGGCGAAUGUGGCAGCUCCGUCGCAUAAGUUCUUAUUCGCUGCAUCCAUAACGUCUGCAUCGGAGCAUAUUUGCAGCGGUAUUAUCUUGAACAAGCGAUGGGUAAUAAGUUCAGCGCUGUGCGUGAGCCAAAACACAGUAUCAACACUUCACGUACGCUACGGUUCUCACAACCGUACUUACAAUGAAAUAGUGAACGAAGACAUCGAGAAAAUCAUUGUACAUCCGCAUUUCAAACAAAAGAUGCUAGCAAACAAUCUUGCAUUGAUAAAAGUCAGCAAUGACAUUCGAUUCAUUCCGACCGUUGUUCAAGCAGCCACUUUGCCGACGAAAAAACCAGCCGAAAAUGACAUGGUUGACGCCGUUGGAUGGGAGAAAAUCGAUGAAACGAACCAAUCGGACACGCCCGAAAUACUGAAAUACCACCAGACUAAAGUGACAGGGCUGGACACAUGCUCCAUAAAUCUGUCACAUCUAUACGAUGUCGAUAUCGAUACACAAUUUCUAUGCACAAACACAACAAUCGAAGAUACUUUUCCGGAGCUGGACAAUGGCAGUGCGCUUAUUUCAGCAGAAAAAAAUGAAUUGAUCGGCAUAGCAUCGUGGUACGACGAAGAGUUUCCAAAUGUUUAUGUUCGAAUUCGAACUUAUUUACCGUGGAUCAGAUCGGUCGUUAUUGAAUAAAUAAUACAGUUAAGCAAAAAAUAUCGAAAAUAAACAGCAUUUAUAGAUAUG